CAUGGCCAGCACGGCCGCCGAGCGACUUCGAUUCGUGUACGGUCUGUUGGCGAUCCUCUACUUGGGCCUCUGCCUCGAUUUCUAUCUGACGGCCCAGCUCUGGCGCAAUUCCGGCGUUGUCCUUUCUCCAGAAGAUGAGCAGUUGCUCCGCAGAGAGAAGCGUUCUUACGAGGAUGAGAAGGAUGUGCCGCACGUGGAGUUUUAUCCCAAUCCACAGCCGACGCACAAGACGGAAGGCUACAUGUGGCUUACGUCCUACUCCAGGAUACCGGUUCAAGUGCUGAAAGAAUUUUGCUUAUCUGUUAAGGAACAUUGUCCUGCUGGUGAUCCUGGUCCCAAGGGAAAUGCAGGUACUCCUGGAAACAAAGGGGAUAAAGGUGAUAGGGGAGACCGUGGCUUACCCGGAGAACCAGGACCAAGAGGACCUCAAGGGUAUAUCGGGAUUCCCGGGCCUGUUGGUCCUAAAGGUGAGCACGGCGCCCCUGGUAUUAACGGACUUGAUGGACGAGACGGUAUUCCAGGAGAACCUGGGCUUGAUGGCGUCCCAGGAAGAGAUGGAAUUGAUGGCAUUCCCGGAAGAGAUGGUAUUCCAGGAAUUCCCGGAACCCCUGGAAGACCUGGAACAAAUGGUACACAUGGAAUACCCGGAUCUCCUGGUCCAAGGGGUCCACCAGGUCCACCUGGACCACAAGGUUUGCCAGGGCCUAGAGGAAAGAAAGGAGUUCCUGGGAAAGCUGGGACGCCAGGCGUUCCAGGAAUAAAAGCGUGGAGUGUGAAUGGUUCAGAAAUAAAGGAUGUUAAAGAUCUUUUGAUUCCUCCUUCAAUUGUGGACAUAGAACCUGUGACAACUUUAAUCGUGGAUGAAGGGCACAGAGUGCGAUUGGAAUGCCAUGCAACGGGAAAGCCACAACCAGUGUAUACCUGGAGAAGUGAUGAAAAUAAAUCCAUUCGACUCAAAAAAUGGCUGCAAUCUGCUGUUAAUUCAAGCCAUUUGGAGAUUCAACAAGUUAGUAGAGAUCAGAUGGGCGUCUACAUAUGUGUAGCUUCGAAUGGAGUUCCGCCGCCUGCUUUUAAGAAAAUUAAACUUGAAGUUACUUUUCCUCCUCUAAUCAAGAUUCGUAAUCAGAUGGUUGGCACAGUCAAUGGUAGCUAUGCUUUACUUGAAUGUUUUGUAGAAGCACACCCACCAGCUGUGAAUUUUUGGAUACACGGAGAGAGUCGUCAUUUAGAGAACAAUUGGAAAUAUAAGAUCGACCAAAUUGAUGAUGGGUAUAGAACGCACAUGGUUCUCAAUAUUACACGUGUCGAGCCUUUGGACUACGGCCUUUAUAGAUGUGUUUCCAAGAAUGAUAAAGGAAAAACUCAAGGCGUUUUCACUGUAUUCGAAAUUGAUCCAAAUACGCCGACGAGACAGCCACCUGUGGAAACGUUUGAAAUUUAUGGACAACAGCCUCCUCCUUCUGCUCUAGAACCUAUGGAUUGUGAACCUUGUGUUACAAAGUGUGAUCCUGUACCACUCUGUCCAACAACAGGAACUUUAGACGUUUCAAGAGUCAUGAGUGUGGCAAUUACCGAUGCAGCCAAUAUUUCAAUUUCGGAAUUGAAGCAUCCACCUCCAAGGAAAGACAAUUGCAUGAUUCAUCAAUUGGGGAAACCAGUUUUCCAACGUUCAUCCAAAGAAGAAAUUGGAGCCUGGUUCCAAGACGCCUAUCCAAAUAGUGACAACAACAAGUACUAUGCCAUCUAUGCAUCGGACAAUGAUCAUUUAUAUGAAUUCAGAAACAGGGAAGAUUUUCGCAAUGACAACUACAGUCGUCGGCACGACAUAGAUGUGCCUUUUUCGGGAACGGGCCAUCUAAUUUACAAUGGCUCUUUUUACUAUCACCAGAAGAAUCGUCAGAUCGUCGUUCGGACUGAACUAAAUCCAGUCAGAGAUUCCAUUGAACAAAUUAAAGAUGCAGCGACGUCAGGUGAUGCAUAUUUAUACUCCACGGAUUUGGGUUACAUGGAUAUCAUGGCGGAUGAAAAUGGUAUUUGGGUUGUUUAUUCAUCAAGAGUUACCAACAAUACGAUGGUUCGGAAGUUAAAUCCAUAUACUGUGGCUACAGAAUACAUAUGGAAUUUGACCUUGCCCCAUAGGAAGAUCGGAGAAAUGUUCAUCGUCUGCGGAGUGUUGUACGCCGUAGAUUCAGUAACUGAUUCCUCUACGCAUAUCAGGUUUGCAUUCGACCUGUACCAGAAUAAAGUUCUGGAGGCGAAUAUACCAUUCGUGAACCCUUUCCGAAAUAACAGCAUGAUCGCUUACAAUCCGAAACACCGUAAGAUUUAUACCUGGGACAAAGGAAAUCAACUUGUCUAUCCUAUUCUUUUUGGUACAAUUGAUAUGGGCCAACCAGAACAAAAAGAUGGAGCUAAGAGAAAAAAAUGAGUCUUGUAUAACCUUUUUGAUUAAUAAAAUUUUAAAACAA